AUAUCAUUUUAUUCUUGUUCAACAUUCAGUGAAUAACGAAGUUACACGAAUAAUGGCGUUGAUUGAAGUCCGCUAACGUAUCCUUAGCCUUGGAGAGAAAAGGAGGCCAUAUGAACGGUGUACGAAGUUCAGCCGAAAAGAACAGACUUCUGCACUAUCAGCAGCAAAGGACGAAGACAACGCGAUUUCGAACGUUUUAGUAUUUCUGAUGCUAUGUAAUGGCCAUUGGCUUCCUUCAGAAAUUUCACUCUCCACGAGUCCCCAUCGACAUAUUAUUUUAUCUUGUUUAAUAUUCAGUGAACAAGGACAAAGUAAUACUUCUUGAAUGAACUCUCGCGUUUUUAUCGAGUGUUCUUCUUGAAUCGGAUUUCUGAGUAAUUAACCCAUGCAACAAGUUGUGGUAUUGUAUAGUAUAUCUGUAUUAUAUAUGUUCGAAAAGAAAGAAGAAACUCUUGCAGUAAUACAAGUACUAUAAGAGAAAAUUACUUAGCUCACAUCAGAGGAAGAAAGGAAGGAAGGCGAAUUGAUUGAUUGAAUUGAUUGACAAGGAAUUUUUCGACGGAAUUCUUUAACUCGAAAAAUGGCGAAAAGCAUGAAUUCCUUGAUGGAUGGUUUUAAGAUUAGGGAUUUGAUGAAUAAAGAUGGAAUGAUGUUUGAAAUUGGAGAUGAUGUUAAUAACAAUGAGGAGGAUGAAGAAUUUUCAUAUUCUUCACAUGUACAAUUUAGCAAUGAAGAGAUGUUAAAUAUGUUAAACAUGAAUGAUUUUGAAGAUGAAGAGGAUGAGAAAGAAACUGUAUCACUCUGUGGUAUAACCUUUUCGAAGCUGAAAACUAAGAUGACGAGCUUAAUUUCAAAUGGAAAAGUCAUGAAGUAUGUUAAACAAAAAGGUGUUGGAGAAAUUAUACCAAAUAAUGCUCAAGCGAUUGUCCAUUAUAUUGGAUAUUUUGAAUACAGAGAUGAGCCUUUUGACUCUACUUACUCUGUUGGGAGACCAAGAGCGUUGCGUUUAGGCCAGAGUUUUAUUAUACCUGGUUUAGAAAUUGGUAUACGUUCUAUGCAAAAGCAUGAAAUAGCAGUAUUUUUGAUACAUCCUGAUUAUGCUUACAAGGCUGUUGGUUGUCCACCACGUAUUCCACCUAAUGAGGAAGUAGUCUUUAUUGUUCAUUUAGUUGAUUAUAUUGAUGAUGGCUGUGCACAAACAUAUCAAAAUCUUACCGACGAGGAGAAACGAUUAUUUAAAUAUGUGAUACAGCCUGUGAAACAUAUGUUUGUGACUGCCAAAGACUAUUGUACAAAAUUUAACUACAAACAGGCGAUACGAGAAUAUAGAAAAAUUAUUGAUUGUUUGGAAUCAAUCAAGUUAAAUGAUAAUUUAGAAGAAAAAGAAAUGAAUGAAUUACUCUCACGAGCUUAUAUCAAUCUUGGAGUUUGUCAUAACAAGGAAAACAUGCCUACUAAAGCUUGCUUAGCUUUAAGGAAAGUUCCAAAACCAACAGCUAAAAGCCAAUAUCAGUAUGGAAAAGCUUUGCUGAGUAUUGGAGAAUAUAAUGAAGCAAUGAAUGAGUUCCAGAAAGCUUGGGUAUUAGAACCGCACAAUGACUCUAUUAAAAAAGCAAUUCGGACAACAAAUUUGAAACAGCGUGAGUAUCUGGAAAUAGAGAAACGCUUGUGGAAAAAUUGCUUCAGAUCCAAGAAAGAACAAAUGAAAGUUAAUGAAUUUCGAAAAGCCGCCCGCGAUUUGUGUGAAAGACUUAUCAAUAAUAAUGAUGUAGUAAGACAAAAUCUCUCAGAAGGUUUUACAAAAGAAGAAUAUGAAGUUAUACGUGAGGAAGCGGCUAUAUUAGGAUUAAAUGUCGUUACAUGUGUCAGAUAUGGCAAAGAAACUAUAUUUCUUCAAAAAAGCAGAUCAUAAAAUUAAAUGUUGAUGACUGUUAUUUAAAAUUGCAUAUCCAGAAUUCUUUAAUAUACAUCCUUGUAAUGCAAUUCUUAUAAUCGUUGAUGUAUAAUCAUAAUGUAUUACAAUAAUGUGCAAAGUUAGUUUGACUUUAAAAAGUUCUGUGAUGCAUGCGAUUAUAGUAUUUCGAUAUAUACACUGCUAGUAUUGAAAAUCUAUAAUAUACAUGUAAAUUAUUAUAGAGUUUCAAUACUGACAAUGUAUAUUGGAACACUCAUAUCGUAACUCGACCAAAGAGAAUUAUAGUAUAUGCCAAUUAAAUCAGCACUAGAGAUCUGACAAUAUCAAAAUCAAUAUUUUUUUAUUCUUGAUUUAUAUCCUAAAGAAAAUUUAUGGAUAUUUACAAAACUAUGUUUAAGCGUAUAUUUUGUUUAUGUAUAUAUUUUGUCAAAUAUAGGAAAGGUAUAUACAACGAAAUUUCAAUAUAAUGCUUAGUUUAAAUUAGGAUAAACAAAUACCGGAUGUUCGUGGAGCAACUUAGGUAUAUUGUUCGAUGUUAGUAGAUCUAAUGGAUUGAAUAAUCCAAGAAUAUUUUUACUUAUGUAAUAUGAAGGUAUAAAAGAAAAAAAAACACUGUAUCUAA